AGUAUACUGGUGUUAUUUCGGGGAGGGUAGACCUUUAAAACACAACAUAUGAUUUGCUGCUAGUGUUAGUGGCUUUGUGUUAUUCAAGUAUUGUAUUUCUUUAUCUUUCAUUUUGUUUGGUGAACAUACAUAGCUAAUUGUGUGAAUUUUCUUGAAUCAGGAUGAAUUUGGAAGAGAGAUUUAAUGUUAUUAGGAGCAUAGGUGAAGAGUGUAUCCAGGAAGAUGAGUUGAGGAAUUUGUUGGCAAAUAAGCCUCAACCAAUAUGCUAUGAUGGAUUUGAACCCUCGGGUCGGAUGCACAUUGCUCAGGGUGUUAUGAAGACGAUUAAUGUUAACAAGCUUGUAGCAUCGGGCUGUAAAGUAAAGAUAUGGAUUGCAGAUUGGUUUGCUCAGCUAAACAACAAGAUGGGUGGUGACUUGAAGAAAAUUCAUGUUGUUGGUCAGUAUUUGAUUGAGAUAUGGAAAGCUGCGGGAAUGAAGGUUGAGAGUGGUAAUGUUGAGUUUGUAUGGUCCUCUGAAGAAAUCAAUUCUAGAGCUCAUGAGUACUGGCCACUUGUUAUGGACAUUGCACGGAGAAAUACACUUCCUAGAAUAUUGAGAUGCGGUCAAAUUAUGGGUCGCUCUGAACAGGAUGAAUUGACUGCCGCCCAAAUAUUUUACCCAUGCAUGCAGUGUGCAGACAUAUUUUUCCUCAAGGCUGAUAUCUGUCAAUUGGGAAUGGACCAGAGAAAGGUGAAUGUUCUUGCCAGAGAAUAUGCCGAAGAUAUAAAGAGGAAAAACAAGCCUAUCAUAUUGUCUCAUCACAUGCUGCCUGGCUUGAAAGAGGGUCAGGAGAAGAUGUCCAAGACUGAUGCAUCAUCCUCCAUUUUCAUGGAAGAUGACGAGGCAGAGGUGAAUAAAAAAAUAAAGAGGGCAUUCUGCCCACCCAAGGUGGUAGAGAAAAAUCCUUGUCUGGAGUACCUCAAUUACAUAAUAUUUCCCUGGUUUAAUGAGUUUACGGUAGAGCGAAGUCAAGAGAAUGGCGGUAACAAGACUUUCAUUAGUUUUGAGGAACUUGUUGCUGACUAUGAAUGUGGUGGAUUGCACCCUGAUGACCUUAAAACCGCUCUAUCUAAAGCACUAAACAAGAUCCUACAGCCUGUACGUGACCAUUUCAAGAACGAUGCCAAUGCAAAGGACCUUCUUAAGAGGGUAAAGAGUUACAAGGUUACCAGGUAAUGCGAAUUGGGAAGAAAAUGUGUUCUUGAACCUUUCACGUAGAGUUGGAAACUGAAUGUUUGUUGUUGGAUUAUUUGUUCUUUUGAUUUUCAUUUAUUUUGGAUGGCCCUUAGUACACAAGUUAAGCUUUACAAAUUAGACCUAUUUUAUGAACAACUAUCAUUCGACUAGACAUUAAAUGUUAACUAUGGAUGCCUUGUAUCUUUUGUAGCAUGAACAAUGUGUUUGGUGCGGGUGGGAUGCCAAACUGUUCCCAAAAUUUCCUAAAAAGCCUACAAAAUGAAUCGAAACAAAGAUUGUCCCUAUAU